AUGUCGGUCGAGAUUGACUCCUUCUCCGGCUACCGUAUUUACCCCAGCAAGGGUAAGCUGUUCGUCCGUAGCGACAGCAAAGUCUUCCGAUUCGCCACCUCAAAAAAUGCCUCCCUGUUCCUCCAACGCAAAAACCCUCGCAAGAUCGCCUGGACACAGGUAUUCCGCCGGAUGCACAAGAAGGGUAUCACGGAGGAGGUUGCCAAGAAGCGUUCGCGGCGCACUGUGAAGCACCAACGUGGUAUCGUCGGUGCUGACCUCGCUGCCAUUGCGGCGAAGCGUAACCAGACCGCGGCUGUUCGUACACAACAGCGAUUGGCUGCUAUUACGAAGGCUAAGAGUGAGAAGAAGGAAAAGGAGUCCAAGAAGCCGAAGGCUUCGCGUCCUGCUGUUCCUACUGGUCCCAAAGUGUCGAAGCAGCAGAUGAAGGGUGGAAAGGGUGGACGAUGA